AUGAGUGGAUUCUUAAAUGAUUUAAAUGAUGUUCAAAGACAGGGUUUAGAUUCUUUCAGGUCAAAGUUGGAUGAAACCCUAUCAAAGAUCAGAGAGGAACUUGGCUAUCCAGAGGAAAAAACAUUGGUUCUCUGGACAGUGAAUCUAGAGCAAAACUCAACUAACAGAGAUAUUGUUUUGCUCAAGUUUCUGAGAGCCAGAGAUUUCAAGUUGGAUGCUGCCAUCUCGAUGUUCCAGGCGUGUCUGAAAUGGCGAAAGGAGUUUGGUGUCGACAACAUCUUGACCGAGCAAUUCCCAGAGUACUACGAGAAGAUCGGUGAGAUCUACCGUGCCGACAAAGACGGACGUCCUCUCAUGUUCAACUACUACUGCAACAUCGACGUCGACACUGUCUUUAAGGACGGAGUCGACCAGUUCCUCCGUUGGAAAGUCGCACAGAUGGAACGAUCGAUUCAACUGCUCUCAGAGACAUCCGGUGGAUUCCGUGCGUAUGACCGCGAAUCUAUUGUGGUAGUUCACGACUACAAGGACGUGUCGAUGCUCAGCAUGGACAAGCGCACCAAACAGGCGUCGAAAGCAACGAUCGCGCUCCUGCAAGACAACUAUCCCGAGAUGUUGGCGCGCAAAUUCUUUAUCAAUGUCCCAUGGUUUUUCGAGCGUCUCUACGCGUUCUUUAGUUCGUUCACCAACGAUCGCACCAGAAAGAAGUUCAUCAUCUGCAGCAACAAGACGUAUCGUCGUGAGUUGCUUCAGUUUAUCGACGCCGACUCUCUGCCUGCGCGCUACGGUGGUAUCGCAAGUGUCGACGACGCCAAAGUUGAAAUGGCCACCGUCAAGCCAAAGGAAUAUCACCAGGUGGCACUAGGUGAAUUGCCAUCGGAUCAACUCAUCGAGUGGGAAUACAUUGUAGAAACCAACGAUAUCUCAUUUGGUAUCGUCAAGUCGGCAGAUGGAAAAGUAAUCACAUCUCCGCUCUCUGCCAAUCAAUUUGUAGUUCCACUCUCUCAACAUGAAUACAAUGCAGGAUCGUUUAGAAUUGAAGAACCCGGCUACUAUACUGCUAUUUUCAACAACACCUAUUCAUUCAUGAACAAAAAAGUUGUUCACUUUACAAUUAAGAGUAAACCAAAUAAUAAUAAUAAUAAUAAUAAUAAUAAUUCGACAACCACUGUUACAACUUCAAUUUCAGCAGCAACAACAACAACUACUACUGAAGAACCUACAACAACAACAACAACUAAUACUACUACAACAGACGAUAAUCUACCAAAUGAAAACAAAGAAAUUGUAGAACAACCAACAACAGUUGAAGAAGUUCCAAAAGAAUCAACAGAAGAGCAGAUAGAUGAAUAA